GGACAGGCAGAGAGAGAGAGAGAAAGAGAGAGAGUCAUGAAGCUCAAACCUCAACAACCCUUCACCUGUCAACCAUUUCCAUGGAAUCGCAUGGACCCGUCAUCUCUCUCCCGCCGAUCUCACUCUCCUGACUCUGCCGAUGUUGCUCAAAGGCAAGAUCAAGCUCCCGGAGAAAGCCCGGCGAGUAUUUCCCGACCACCUCGGGAGCCUAGUCGCCGGAUUCGAAGACAGGGAACAAGAAAUCGAAAUCGAGGUUUCUGAUUCAAACUUCGAGCCCGGCGAAGAGCUCGAGACUUUUCAGCCCAAUGUUUUGGCAUCGGACCGAGAAAUCGAUAAAAUUGAUGACUACGAGAUAGAUAAUGGCAAGUACUCUGAUGGUGAAUCGGACCUAAGCAAGGUCAGACCGAAGCCUGAGAAAGAUGUGGCAGCUUCUGUUUCUGUUAAGGAAAUCAUCGUUGCCGACGAGAAAAGGUCGGAUCUUGAGUACGAGCUUUCCCAAAAGGAGAUAAAUUUGGAAAAGUUGCAAAGAGUUGCUAGUUCGGGGCUUCCCGAUGGAGGAGGUUUGCGGGCAACAGCUUGGAAGUUGCUCUUGGGUUAUUUACCGGCUUCUCGAGACUUAUGGGAGAAAGAGCUAGGUGAAAAUCGAUUAAAAUACGUGAAGUUAAAAGAGGAGCUUCUCUUGAGUCCUACAGAAUUCUCUCGAAGAAACGGUGAAGUGUUUAAUUCUAACCAGCAGUGUGCUGACGGUGAUGUUGAUGGGCCGCUUGAGCGACAAGACAUUUCUAAUGAAGAUCAUCCUCUGAACCUUGGUAAGGCUAGUGUUUGGCACCAAUUCUUUCAGUUCACAGAGAUUGCAGAGCAGAUUGAUCGUGACUUGCAACGCACGCACCCAGAUAUGAAAUUCUUCUCUGGGGAAUCAUCAUUGAGUAGGAAAAACCGGGAAGCAAUGAGAAAUAUUCUUCUUCUGUUUGCGAAACUGAACCCUGAAAUCCGUUACGUCCAAGGCAUGAACGAGGUUUUAGCACCAAUAUUCUAUGUAUUUAGUACCGAUACUGAUGAACAAAAUGCUGCAAAUGCAGAGGCCGAUAGUUUUUCUUGUUUUGUUCGACUCUUAAGUGACUCAGUCGAUCACUUUUGUCAACAACUGGACAAUAGUUCUGUUGGUAUUCAUUCUACCCUUUCUCGCUUGUCAGAGUUAUUGAAAGCCAAUGAUGAAGAACUGUGGCAGCAUCUUGAAUACACAACCAAGGUCAACCCACAAUUUUAUGGAUUUAGGUGGAUCACUCUGUUGCUUACGCAGGAAUUUGAUCUUCAUUCUGUCAUGAGGAUUUGGGAUACCCUUUUAAGCAAUCCUUUUGGUGUUCAGGAAAUGCUUUUACGGGUAUGUUGUGCAAUGUUGCUAUGCAUUAAAAGCAGUUUGUUGAGUGGUGAUUUCAUAGCCAACUUGAAGCUUCUGCAGCACUACCCCAAGAUCAACAUUGAACACCUUCUCCGGGUUGCCAAGGAUAUCAGCCCUGACACGUCUUCCUUUCAUUUGUCACUGUAAAUUUUAUCUGAUGAUAUACGAAGAGGGGAGGAGGGGAGAAAAAAGCACUUUUAUUUGCAAAAUGUCUCCCUUGACAUUGUUCAAGAAUAUAACAGAAUUUAUCGGUAGAUUUUGAGUUGAUUGCAAUAUAGGUAUAACAAUCUCAUGAA